UUUUUUCGCUAAACAAAAAAUGUCAGUUCCCACCUCGAUCAACGACGACGGAUUUGUACUUGUGAUUUCUUCAUCAAAAUCUAAAAGAAAACGCUCUAAGGGGACCCGGAAAUCAACCAACCAUAUUUUCCACUCAAGUGGCCAACCGGAAGAUUCAACUGGGAACGUGGAAAUCAAUAUAGACGAGUUUUUACGGCGUUUUGACGAAACAGAAAACGAUUUCUUUCAGUCGGAAUUUUUUCGACAAACAGUUUCCAAAAUCGUGCCGAUUCUUGAGCUACAAAAUAUCAGGCAUAUAAUCUGCCUAGGACUUGGUCGGCUCUCUGAGUGUACCAUCUCACGUCAUCAGUUGGCUUUUGUGCGUGGCCUCCAAAAGCAGCUACCAUCAGUGGAAACCCCCAUUCAAUUCUACGAUCCCAUAUUCAGCCAACAGGAAACAGACAUUAUCCAACGACUAGGCGCUGUCGUUCUAACAGAAAAUUUAGAAGGAAAAUAUUCAGCGGCCGAAAAAACGUUAUUCUACUUGCCCCAUUGCCCGAAACAGAUAACCAAUAAUUUACUGUGGAAAAAUUGGAAUCAGGCUUUUUUGGGUAACGUAUUUCUGAUAGGCAAUAGUUUUGAAUCUAUCAUUUCUAAUACACCCAAACGGCUUUUGAAAAGCAACUCUGAAUAUUUGUUGAAUAUUGCCGAUUUUUGUAAAGAAACUAAGUUGGAUAAUAUUUUCAAAUUCAAAGAUAUUUUCAACGAUACAUCUUUGCACUGUUUUGACAUAACCGUUUUGAGUCAACAGGAAGCUUCGUUUUGGGAAGCUCAAGAGCCUUGCUACGCAGAAGACGACCUAGAAUUGAUAUCGAAGAGCAUUCAACAGAACUUAGAACUAACCAAUAAAGAUGGCAGCUAA